UAAUAAUCUGCUUUGAUUUACUCUUUCUUGUUACUCACUCGAUCCAAAACCGACCUUAAUUCUUCAUAGUAUGUCCAUUUUCAUUAUUUUCAAGAAUUUUAUAACUCAGCAGCUAUGAUUUAAUUUAUUCUAAUUUUUACAGGCAACCGAAAUUCAUUCCUCCCGCCGCCGCCACAACCAGAGAGGAAUGACGGCAUACGGUGCAGUGAAUUCUCUGAGGAAUACAAUUGAUUAUAUUCUCAAUUCUUCUCAUUAUAGCCUUGUUCAGCCCUCUCCACAUAUCAUACAACUCGCUUACCAGGAGUUGGAUCCAUUGCAAGAAAUUCUGGAAAUAUUGGACAGGACAAUAACAAGCAAGAGCAGGAAGAAGGUGAAUGGUUUGGAUGGAAGAAUCAAAGAGUUGAUUUGGGAAUUCCAAGACUUAUUGGAAUCCCUUCUCUACCAACAGAUUCUUUCACAAGUAAAAGAUGAAGAAAUGAGAGAGAGAGUACAGCCACAGCCACAGAUUAUAUUUCAAAGCCCUCCUCCACACCACACAACCACAACAUCAAUAAGAAGAAGACUACUUCAAUGUUUCAAACCCAAAGGAAGAAAAUUCAAGGCGCCAACGAUCAUGAAUCAAUCUGAGGCUUCACAAUCCAGAAGCCGUGUUGGGGGUAAGAGAUUCUCCAUUGAUUUGCAAUUACUACAACAACAUGUUCAUUCCUUUAUCCAGAGGCUCAAGGAUUUGGAGGAGGAAUACACUUAUGAAGUAUACAAUAUGCCUGAAGAUGACGGCGAACAAUCUAUUGUUUCCUCAAGAAGUGGGACCAAGUCGAAGUUGAUUGGAUUAUCGGAUCAGUUCCAACAACUCAAAAGGGAACUUAUGGAAUGUGAUUGGGGUUACAAUUACAUCGUACUAACUGGAACUGCAGGCAUUGGGAAGACUGCUCUUGCUGAGGCAGUUUUUGAAGAUUCUGAAAUCUUAAGCCUUUUUGAGCAUAGUGUGUGGGUCACGGUAGGCAGGAAAUUUCAAUCCAAUGAUGUUUCACGAGCCAUUCUAGCUCAAAUGUUUGGAAUUACACAAGGAGAUCACGAAUUAGGUGCCUACUUAAAGGGCAAGAAAUGCCUCAUUGUGCUCGAUGAUGUGUGGGAGACACAGAUAUUGGAUUCCUUGUCAAGUUCCUUAAGGAACAAUUCUAGUGGAUCAGUUUAUAUCUUGGUUACUGCUCGAGACCGAAUCAUAGGUUUCCCAAUAUUGGUGCGGUUUUUGAAGGAAGAAGAAAGUAAGGAGCUAUUAUGCCAGAAGGUGUUUGGUGAAGAGGGUUGCCCUUUACAACUUGACAAAGCCGCUACCAAAAUUUCCAAGAUUUGCGAAGGUCUUCCUCUCAUGAUAGUCACAGUGGCUGACAUUCUAUCAAAAGCGCAUAAUACAGAUCCCAAAUACUGGAACGAUGUAGCAGAAAUGCGAAAUUCAGUCUUCACAGAAGCAUUUAAUGAGAUAUCAAAGGUACUUUUCCCAAGUUACGACUAUUUAUCUCAAUAUCUUAAAAUGCUUUUUCUGUAUAUGGGAGUCUAUCCUUCAGAUUAUGACAUCCCCAUGUCUGACAAGAUCAUGAAUACAUUGGCUAUUGAGGGCUGGUUUCAUAACACAAACAAAAAACAAUCCCUGAAGAAUUCUGUCAAUGAAUGUUUGGAGCAGCUUUGUACGGACAAGAAUCUUGUUUUAUUCAACGAAAGGAAAAUCCGUAGGUUGGCGUUCCUUGAAUUUAAAACUUGUCGGCUUCAUUCUUCGUGGCGGUAUGUGUGUAGAGGAGAGGCUCAGAAGAACAAGUUUUAUCAUAUCUUGAAAAAGCUAGUUGAAGGCUUAAAAGAUGGUGUAAAAGGUCAGCGUUGCUUGUGUCUUGAAAAUAACCUUUUAUUUAGCAUCAAAGAAUUCCGCAACUCCGUGAGAAUGAACUGUGCAUCCUCUACACGUUCUCUCCUUUUUUUUGGUCCAUAUCACCAAUAUCCAAUCCCUGUAGGUGAUGAUUUCAAGUUGCUUGUGAAACUAGAUGCUCUUAAUCUACGUUUGUACACUUUCCCGACAGAAAUUCUGACACUACUCUUACUAAAGUACCUUGCUCUAACUUGCAAUGGAGAACUCCCUGCAACCAUAUCCAAACUUUUCAAUCUUCGAGUCUUGAUUAUACAUCCGCAUAACGACAUUAGAAUUUGUGGAACUCCAUCAUAUGUACCAAUAGAAAUAUGGGAAAUGCAAGAGUUGGAGCAUAUUGAGAUAUUGGGGAAGAGCCUUGUAGCUCCAUCCCAUUCAGCUUCUUUAGAAAAACUCUCAACACUUGCAGGUGUGAAUGCCAGCAUUUGUACUAUCUCGGAACACUUCCCAAAAGUUCCUUGUAUAAGGAAAUUAGGAGUUCGUAUCGAGCUUACUCCUUAUGAUGACCAUAAUGAUCUUUUGAGUUGUUUUGGUUGUAUUUCAACACUUGAAAGUUUGGAGAUGUUGAAAUGUAGUAUCACAAAUCCUGUGGUUAUGUACGAUUAUGUGUUUCCUGGUUCAUUAAUGUUUCCAAGAGGAUUGAAAAAGUUACACUUGAGUGGCAUGGGUUUUUCUUGGGAAUACAUGGAUGUAAUUGGCUCUUUGCCAUUUCUUCGAGUGCUCAAAUUGCGAGCCUACGCCUUUCGGGGUCCAAAGUGGGAAGCGCAAGAGGAAAGUUUUUUGAAACUUAGGUUUCUUCUAAUUGAAGACAGUGAUUUGGUGCAAUGGAAACCAAGAUCUAGAAGCUUCCCUGAGCUUAGUCACCUAAGCAUGAAACAUUGCUACAAACUACAAGAGAUCCACUGGUUCGGAACUAUUGAAUUAGAGAACUGCAAUCCUGUAGCUUUAACUUGGGCCAAGCAAUUCCAACCGACUCCAUAUUGUUUACUUGAUGUUACUGCCACUUCUUCGUUUGACGAGAAACCCACUACUAUCAAGUUUCAAAGGCAUGGGUUUGAAAAAUGGAGACAGAAAGAUGGAGACGUAAAGACGGAAAGUUAAUAUUCUUAUAUUAUCAUAUGCUAUGUUGCACAUUUGGACAACGUAAAGGCUAGGAGCAGGAAGAGGGGUGAUGGAGAUGUGGUGUUUAGGAACUGCUAAGUCUAGUUCUGGUAAAAAACAAUUAUGUUCAAUAUUUCAAAACUUUGUGAAUUUGUGAAUUCUAAUUACCCUCAUAGUAGGCUUUACGUUGCUACAUUUGUUUUUCUGCAUAUGAGAAUUUCACAAGUAAUUUAAAUAAGUUGGUGGGUGUUUCUCUAAUGUGUGUGGGUGUGUGUAGAUUCAUUGUGGAUUGGUACCUUCAACUUCGACACACUAACACAAGAUGGCUGCUUGAUUAUCCUUUGAAACAAUUUGAGUUAUCUAUGUGGCAUAUGAAAUAUUUGUAUUUUUUGCAACAUCCCACAUUUUAUAAGUUUAUAAAUGUUGAAUUUU